GUAAUCGGCAUUACAGGGGCGGAGUGCUGUAAGCCCCCAUAACAUACAUGGUCUUCAUUUCCUUAUCUGUGUUAUAAUCCCGUACAGAGUAUCACCCUAGGUCUCUAAGCUACAGUAUCCAAUCUACUGCCCCUGUUUUUGUGGGGAUACGCAUUGAUACCAGCUAGAAAAAUAUUGUCCUACACUGAAAACAAGCUCUUAAGCACCCACGAAGCGUUCGAAAGAAGCAUGGGCAAGCGGAAGAAGUCAAGUAGACAACCACAAGGACCAAAGAAGAGAGAACCAUUGCCCACAACUUUCGCAUGUCUUUUCUGUAACCACGAGAAUUCUAUUGUGGUGAAACUAGACAAGAAGCUGGGGCUGGGAAAUUUGUCCUGUAAGGUGUGUGGGCAGAGGUUUCAAACCGGUAUUAAUUAUCUUUCUGCUGCUGUCGAUGUAUAUUCGGAUUGGGUAGAUGCUUGUGAUGCAGUUGCUAAGGAUACUGCCAACAGAUACGAAGAUAAUAAUGCCGCUGGUCUGCGAUCAAAUGAGUAUACUGUGUCUUCUAGUGGGCAAGAUGCUGAAUACGAUGAUGAAGAUCGUGCGGGUGCAUAAGUGGAUGACGAUUGAUACAAGUAAUUUCAGUUAUGUGAUGUUGGCGCACAAUAUAAAGGUCCAGUAGCUUUCCUGUGGUAGCUGUUUCCAAGUUAUGACCGUUGUCCUGCCUUUGCGGACUCGCUUAUUCAAUAUUUUUUUUUGGCAAUUAGCUGGCUUCGAUACUAGGGAUAAUGGAUGCCUGCAGUGAUAUUAUAAUGGUAUAA